AUGUCCCAAGGUAAUAAACAAUCUUUCAAUUCGAUGAAAAGAAGGGUAAACUUGGAUUCCUUCCCGACUGAUCUCAUUACCGAGAUAUUCUCUAGAUUGCCAGCGAAGUCAGUUGGUAGGUUUCGUAGCCUCUCGAAAUUAUGGAGGGUCAUGCUUCACCGUCCAUAUUUCACCAAGUUGUUCCUGACCAGGUCCUCGACUCGUCCACGUCUCUUAUUUGCGGUGGAACGAGAAAGUGAGUGGUGCUUCUUCUCGUUGCCUCAGCAUCAUAAUCCGUAUGACAAGUCGUCUCUUGUAGUAGCCGCUGAAGUUCAUACAAAGUUCUCUAAAGACACAAAACAAUACAGUUGCAGCUAUGCCUCUGGUUUGAUCUAUUUCCCUGAUAUGUCGGUAUGUAAUCCUAUCACGGGACAGAGUUUAGCUAAACUGAGAAAGUACAGAAAGUCGACAAGCUUUUUAGGGUUUGAUCCAAUUGGCAAACAAUUCAAGGUAUUGGCUAGUGAUCGUCAUAGAAUUAUGACAUUAGGAACUGGAGAAAUGAGUUGGAGGAAGAUCCAAUGUCCAUUCCCCCAUGGAUACAUUAUCGAAGGAAUAUGCAUUAAUGGGGUUUUAUAUUACUUAGUUUACACUUAUGUUAAAGCAACUGAUCAAGAAACUAAAUUGAUAGUUUGUUUUGAUGUUAGGUCUGAGAAAUUUAAGUUUAUUAACGGGAAAUCAUUUGGGUUUUGGGGAACUAAAUUGAUAAACUAUAAGGGUAAGUUAGGUGGGAUUGAUUGGAAGUUUGAUGGACAUAGCAAGACCCAUAAGCUGUGUUUGUGGGUUCUAGAGGAUGUCGAGAAACAGGCAUGGUCGAAAAAAGUCUACACUUUGCCUGAGAAUGAAGUUGUACGAAAUACUUUCGUCCUUGGGAUGACAAAUACAGGUGAAAUUAUUUUGUCAAAGAUGUAUACAUCUAAAACUUCUUACAUUUUCUACUUCAAUCCUGAAAGUAAUACUCUUCAAAAAGUUGAAAUUCAAGGUAUUGGUGAGGAUCGUGGUAGAGUUUACGCUUUUGUAGACCAUGUGGAGGAUUUAAACUUUUUAAAAUAG